GAGAAAGAAUUCGCCGACCCCGCUAAAAAGUUACCAAAUUUUUGGCGGCGAGCACCGGCGAUAUCCUGCUUUGGCGAUUGGAGCUUUGCUGCAGGCCGAUUUCUUGAAAUUGGGAGAUGGACUGCCAGCGACCAUGAAGACAGAUUUUAAAUUCUCCAACUUGUUGGGGACGGUAUAUUGCCAGGGCAAUCUUCUAUUCAGUCCCGACGGAACCCAUCUGUACUCGCCCGUCGGCAACAGAGUCACCGUCUUCAAUCUCGUCGACAACAAGUCUUACACCCUCCCGUUCGCCCACCGAAAGAAUAUCUCGAGGAUAGGCUUGACCCCGCAGGGCAACCUGCUCCUGUCGAUCGACGAAGAUGGCCAAGCGGUACUGACCCACGUUCCGCGCCGAGUGGUAUUAUACCACUUCUCCUUCAAGUCACGCGUGACUUCCCUUUCUUUCUCGCCCUCCGGACGGUAUUUUGUGGUUGGAUUAGGGAGGAAGAUCGAGGUCUGGCACGUUCCGUCAACACCGGACUCCAACGCCGCCGGCGACCUCGAGUUCGCCCCAUUCGUGCGCCACCACACCCACACACAACACUUUGACGAUGUUCGGCAUAUCGAGUGGUCGAGCGACUCCAGAUUCUUCCUCAGCGCGUCAAAAGACCUAACGGCAAGGAUAUGGAGUCUAAAUUCGGAGGAGGGUUUCACGCCCACGGUCUUGUCAGGUCACAGGCAAGGAGUGGUGGGCGCCUGGUUCUCCAAAGAUCAAGAAACGAUCUACACUGUCAGCAAAGAUGGGGCUGUCUUUGACUGGCAGUAUACCACAAAACCGGGCCAUGACGAGGACGAGAUGGUGGACGAGUCCGAUAUGCAAUGGAGGAUCGUCAAUCGGCACUACUUUAUGCAAAACUCCGCGACGCUCCGGUGCGCUGCUUUCCACCCCGAAUCAAAUUUGCUCGUUGCCGGUUUCUCGAAUGGCUUGUUCGGGCUGUACGAGAUGCCGGACUUCAACAUGAUCCACACGCUCAGCAUCUCCCAAAACGAAAUUGACUUUGUCACGAUCAACAAGAGCGGAGAGUGGCUAGCAUUUGGGGCAUCAAAGCUUGGCCAGCUGCUGGUGUGGGAGUGGCAAUCCGAGUCUUACAUCCUGAAACAACAAGGGCACUUCGACUCGAUGAAUGCGCUGGUCUACUCGCCCGACGGCCAGCGGAUCGUCACGACGGCGGAUGACGGCAAGAUCAAGGUCUGGGAUAUCGAAUCCGGGUUCUGCAUCGUCACGUUUACCGAACACACCAGCGGCAUUACGGCCUGCGAGUUUGCGAAGAAGGGCAACGUCCUCUUCACGGCAAGCUUGGACGGGUCGAUCAGGGCGUGGGAUCUUAUCAGGUACAGGAAUUUCAAGACCUUCACCGCGGCCGAGAGGUUAUCCUUUUCCUGCAUGGCGGUGGACCCCAGCGGCGAAGUGGUUGCUGCGGGUUCGAUCGACUCCUUCGACGUUCAUAUCUGGUCCGUCCAGACGGGGCAACUGCUUGACCGACUUUCGGGCCAUGAGGGGCCAGUCUCAUCUCUCGCCUUUGCCCCGAACGGUGGCCUCCUAGUCAGCGGUAGCUGGGAUAGAACGGCGAGGAUUUGGUCCAUUUUCAACCGGACACAGACCAGCGAGCCCCUGCAGCUGCAAUCAGACGUUUUGGAUAUUGCGUUCAGGCCAGACUCGCUCCAGGUUGCUAUCUCUACUCUCGACGGCCAGCUGUCUUUCUGGUCCGUCUCCGAAGCGCAGCAAAUAUCUGGCGUUGACGGCCGCCGUGACGUUUCGGGUGGUCGCCGGAUCACGGACCGCAGGGCUGCUGCGAACGUGGCUGGAACCAAGAGCUUCAAUACCAUUCGUUACAGCAUGGACGGGUCCUGCCUCCUGGCGGGCGGGAACAGCAAAUACAUUUGCUUGUACUCUGUGACGACCAUGGUGCUUCUCAAGAAGUUUACUGUCAGCGUUAACCUGUCUCUCUCGGGCACCCAAGAAUUUCUCAACAGCAAGAUGAUCACAGAAGCGGGGCCUUCCGGGUUGUUGGAUGACCAGGGCGAGGCGUCAGAUUUGGAAGACCGAAUUGACAGGUCAUUACCUGGCUCGAAACGCGGCGAUCCCUCGGCGAGAAGAGGGAAGCCGGAAGUGAGGGUGACUGGCGUGGCAUUUUCGCCAAGCGGCACAUCCUUUUGCGCCGCGUCCACAGAAGGCUUGUUGAUCUACAGCCUCGACAGCACCGUCCAGUUCGACCCGUUCGAUUUGAACAUGGAAAUCACGCCAGCAUCAACGCUCGCCGUGCUCGAACAGGAGAAGGACUACCUCAAGGCGCUGGUCAUGGCCUUCCGGCUGAACGAGGCGGGCCUAAUCCAGCGUGUAUUCCAGGCCAUUCCCUACACCGAUAUCGGGUUAGUUGUCGAGCACUUCCCGACGGUGUACGUAGCGCGCCUCCUGCGGUACGUGGCGGCCCAGACGGAGCAGUCACCGCACGUCGAGUUCUGCCUGCUCUGGAUCAAGGCGCUGGUGGACAAGCACGGGGCGUGGCUGACGGCCAACCGGGGCAAGGUGGAUGUGGAGCUACGUGUUGUAGCACGAGCGGUGGCUAAGAUGAAGGACGAGGUCAGACGGCUUGCGGAUGAGAAUGUCUACAUGGUGGAUUACCUCCUUGGCCAGGCAAGAGACAAGCCGGCUGGUGGCGAGCCGGACAGCAUCGAGGAUCCCGAGAUGAGAGCGUUGCCCUCGACGAACAAGGAGGUGACAAUACACGACAUCAUGGGCGAGGACGUGAGCGAAGAAGAAUGGAUUGGGCUAGAAUAA